UUAUAAUAUGAUCUCCAUCUCUAUAAAUACCCCAACGCGCAAACGAAUAGUUUAAACGCACCAAAGAGAUAACAAUUACCAAAAGAAACGAAUAGAGCUAAGAGAUGGCAUUGAAAUUGUAUGUGGAUCGCUUAUCCCAGCCUUCUCGUUCCAUUCUCAUUUUCUGCAAGAUGAACGGGAUAGAGCAUGAGGAGGUCCCAAUAGAGCUUGCUAAAUUCCAGCAUCGUUCUCCUGAAUACCAAAAAAUUAAUCCUAUGAUGCAAGUGCCAGCUAUAGUGGAGGGAAACUUCCAACUGUUUGAGAGCCACGCAAUUCUGAAAUAUCUAGCUUCUGCCAAUCAUGUUGCAGAUCAUUGGUAUCCUGCUGAUCUGCACAAAAGAGCGAAGAUUGACUCGGUGUUAGACUGGCACCACACCAACACACGCUCUGGCAUAGUUGGUUAUGUUUUCAAUUCUACGCUUGCACCUGUAUUUGGUUUGCCUUUGAAUCCGAAAGCAAUAGCUGAGGGAAAGAAAGUCCUAUUGGCAUCCCUUGAUAAGAUUGAAUCAUUUUGGCUCCGGGAAAAUGGAAGUUUUCUACUGGGAAAUACGCAACCUUCCAUUGCAGAUCUUCGCAUAGUUUGUGAAUUAAUGCAACUUGAGACUUUGGACGACAAAGAUAGAGAAAGUAUAAUUAGCCCUUAUAAUAAGAAAGUUCUGGCAUGGAUUGAUGCGACGAAGAAAGCAACUCAACCUCAUUUUGAUGAAGUUCACACCGCUCUCUUUAAAGUAAAAGAGAAACUUAAACAGCAGAGAGCUUCACCAAAUCUUCAUCGGGGUUUUACUUUUGUUGUGGGUUUGGUUUUAACUCCCUGUAUUUUGGGAUAUGUUCUGUUUUGGUUGUUAUCUGGAGGCAAAAAGUAGGUGUAUCUGGUAACAUAAUCAAUAAUUUGGUCAGGUUCCUGCGUUGUGGUUAGAAUUAUUGUGCCCUUUUAUGGGAGAAUGAUUCUAUAAUCGUAGGGCUUGUGACCGAUUGAGUAAUUGUGGGUGAUUGGUGUGGUGAUUGUCUGUGAGCUUUCAGUAUUUUAAUAUAUAAGUCUUUUACAUUCCAAAAAACACAUAUGUGAGUCAUCAUUGCAUAACAUGGUCCAACAAGUGCAAAUUAAUUUGGAAACGACUC